CCUGCGCAGCGGCGGUGGCAUGGGCGCGGGCACCGGUGCGGGCUGCGGGCGCCCGGCUCUUCGCCCGGCCCGAGCCGCUCGCGUCGACCGCGCGCCGCAGCCUCUGCUGCCCGCGGGGAGGCGGUCCCCGCAGCCGGCGCAACUUGCCUCGGCGCCUCGCUGAGAGGAGCGCAGCGCGGAGAGAGCUUGCGGGACGCGAUGCCUCCGGCCGGCGGCCCCCGCACACCGCGCCCGCACGCGCUGCCCCGCAGCCUGUCCCGCCUGCGCGAGUGCCCGGGCCGUUCCCGCAUCGUGUUGGCUCUCGGGGCCACGCAGAUGGCGCUCGGAUGCCUCAUCGUGGCCGUGAGCUUCGCGGCGCUGGCUCUCACCACCUCCGCCCGCGUGCGCCACUCCUGCCCUUUCUGGGCCGGCUUCUCGGUGCUGCUGUCUGGACUCAUUGGUGUUGUCUCCUGGAAGAGGCCUCUCUCGCUUGUGAUUACCUUCUUCAUGCUGCUCUCUGCAGUGUGCGUGAUGCUCAACCUGGCCGGCUCCAUCCUCUCCUGCCAGAAUGCCCAGCUCGUCAGCUCCCUCGAAGGCUGCCAGUUGAUCAAGUUCGACAGUGUGGAGGUGUGUGUAUGCUGUGAGCUGCAACACCACUCAUCCGGAUGCAGCAACCUCGGGGAGACACUGAAGCUGAACCCGCUGCAGGAAAACUGUAAUGCUGUGCGGCUGACCUUGAAGGAUCUCCUCUUCAGUGUCUGUGCCCUCAAUGUCCUCUCCACCAUUGUGUGUGCCUUGGCCACAGCCAUGUGCUGCAUGCAGAUGGUCUCUGCUGAUGUCCUGCAGAUGUUCUUCCCACAGAGGUCUCACUCUGCCAAUGCUGCCUGUGUGACUCCCCACGGCACCAUCCUGCACCAGACUCUGGACUUUGAUGAGUUUAUUGCCCCUCUCCCGCCUCCGCCCUACUACCCUCCAGAGUACACCUGUACACCCACAGCGGAGGCCCACAGGGGUCUCCACCUGGACUUCUCUUCCUCACCAUUCAGCACUCUGUAUGAUGUUGCCAUCAACAGCCCUGGCAUGCUGUACCCUGCUGAGCUGCCCCCACCAUAUGAAGCUGUGGUGGGUCAGACGCCUGCCAGCCAGGUUGCAAGUGUUGAUCACCAGGUGGUUGACUCCAGUUCUGGGGACCCAAACACUGCUGCGGACUUCAGCACACCAGUGCCUGCCAGUAGCACGAGUCUCCCAACAUCAGAGGGUGCCACCUCACUGGGUCCAAGCCACCCAUCCCCUGAUGGCACUUUAGACACCCCACCGCCCCUUCUACCCACUCCGGUCCCUCACCACAUGUCUCCAGAGGCAACAAGCUUGAGCACACAGGCACAACCAAGCCCAGGGCGUGUGGCCCGCUCAGCCAGCGACCCCACCUCCUGCACAUCCAGUGAAGCAGUCUCCACAUCACGCCCAGCCAUGGCUGCCUGUCAGCACCAGCUCUCAUCCACUGGUGACCCAGAUACCUGGAAAACGGACCAAGGGACCAAGCCAGAGACCUUACAGACUGUCUCCAAAGAGCGGCCACACUCUUUAGUGGAGAGCAAGGCCUUUGCAGACACAAGGGUUCUGGUGGCUAAGUUUUUGGAACACGCACAUUGCAGCCUCCCUACAGAGGUGCGACAUGUGGUGGGCACCAUACGAUCAACGGCCACCUCGGAGGAGCCCAGGGUGGAGGAGGCCAUCUUUGGUGCUGAUGUCCUGGACCAGCUAUGAAGCAGCUAUGGACCUGGAUGUGGACGCUGAUGGGCCUGCAAAGUCUGGUCCUGCGAGAUGCCACUGUGCUUGGUAGAGAAAGGCUUUUGGCCUGCUGAGCAGAGAACAGCCGGGAGAGGCUUGCUGGUGGCCUGGGCAAGGAACUGUUACUCUUUCUCCCAUCAGUUGUCUUCCUGGGGACUGUUUGUCACCUGUCCCACUAACUCAGAGAUGUUUCUCUCCUGUCCUUAGUGAGCUCUUGUUGCUUCAGGGGUAUAGCACCUCUUGAACUGAAGAAUGUGGUGGGAAUACCAGUCCUGGGACAGGUGACAUUUGUGGAACAUAAAGACACUGCAUCUGUCCCAAGUCAAGGCCUUUAACACAGGAUGCUCCUCUGUGCCUGGUUUGGUUCAGUGUUAAAAGAGUAGAGGGUAGCAGCGCCAAUGGAGCCAUGUGGUAUGGUAUCACUCUGCAAUGAAACCUUUAUCAGAUUCUGACCCAUUCCUUCUUCUCAAAGGCAAUAGGUGAUGCUAGCACAGCCUGGGACCAUCUUUUCGCCCACUGGGCUAUCAUGCAAAUAAAUCCACACUGAAAGCUUUCCUACAUACUCUUGGAAAGCAAGCACGUGUCACAAGGGUUUGAUAUACCCACCUCCUCAUGUACUGGGCCUCCCCAUUAGGCCUCUGUCUGUGGGCUGCUAUCCCCACCUUCUCCCUAGGCCCCUCCCCUACAGUCUCCCAUCCUUUAACCACAGCAAAUACUUGUUAGUUGUGUUUUAACAAUAAGCUCCCUCCUCAUCCCUUGGAGGACUUCCCCUCGUAUCUGACCUGUGCUGGGUAGGUCACAGUCUGAGCUAGGAUGCUACUGUCUGCUCUUUGUGCACCUCUGGCUAAGGCAAGCCUCUCUCAUGACUCAGAGUUGUCCCUUCCCAACUCAGGUGGCAACAGGCACACUUGUGUUGAAGGAUGUAAAUGGUUAGUUUCUUAUUUGUGGGAGAAGGGCCAAUGGUGGACAUCCAGAAGCAAGGCAAACCCAGCUUAGGCACAACCAGGUGGCUUGGGGCAAAAUGGCCAUCCCAGACCUUCUUGGCUGGUUCAGACCUCAUUUUCUGGCAAGAUCAACAGCAACCACUUCUUAGCAAUAGGUCCGGAGCAGCAGUGCUUGCAAGCACUUCCUGCAAAAACCAGAAAUGCCCAUAUCUGGUUCACACACAGCAGCAGUUAUAAUCAAGGGAGAUCACUGCACUGUAAUGGGCCUGUGAGCCUCAAUAUCGGCACAGAAGCCCUAAGUCUGUGGGUAGUGCCAGGGAGGAUGACAGAGUACCUGCUAUUGUUUGGUGCCCAGCUGGUAGGCUUAAGCAGCUCUUCUCACCAUUUUGCCUGCCCUUGCCUGUCCUUCAGCCUCUACCCUGAUCCAGCCCCCCAAAUUCCUUGUAGCCAAUAUGCUGAAGACCUUUGUGUGUUUGGAAGUUGUGGAACUUCAGCCCGCAUAUGGCCUUGGAAAACCCCUAGCGGCGAUUAGCUCUCCAUGCCCCAAUGGCUUUACCAUUGCCAUAAGCUGUUGCCUUCCUGAGGUUAGCGAGCUGGAAAAUAUAAAUCAGGCAUUUGACAGCAACCUUGCCUUUUCCACUGGAGACAUAAUAGAGAUGAAUAUUUGAGCACUUUAUUCAGACUAUAAAAUUCUCUAAUUUUCCCUCAAGUGAGGACUUUGAAAAUCCCCCAGAGCAAAUCCCUUUCAGUAGAAUGGCCUGCUCCAAGCUUCUUAGCACGAAGUACUUUCAUGCCUGGCUGCUGGGCAUUCUCAACACCUCAAAGAUAAGGUGAAGUGAGGCAGCGACAGGGUAUCACCUGAUUGGAGGGUCCAUGUAGCAGUGUGCUUAAACACUUGUGGAUCUCAGAAUAAGCUAUGACCCAAGAGAAGCCAGGACCAACCACAUCCCAACUGACCCAAGCUCUGGGAUGACCAGUUUCUGGAUACAGCACAGGGCACUGUGGCCUCCAUGCUGCGUCUUUACAGAUGUCCCUCAGCUAUCUAUCAUGUGGUACCUCUCUGAGGAGAGGUGCCUCAAGCUGCACCUCUCCUCAGGUGCAGGCUAACACUACCACUGGGGAGCCCUGAGUCCCAGACAUUCUCAAGGAAGUGGUGGUACACACAAACCAUUCUAGCUAGGUUAUGAGAUGGCUCCCUUAACAGGCUUAUAUGAUGGAUCAAGAAACUACAGCACUUCAUGCUAUUGGGUGGGUGUUAGAUGAUGGUUAUGUCUUUGUUCACCUUCUCAGGGCCCCGGGUGCACCAAGAGGGCAUUAAAAAUGCCCCAGCUCCAGGCUCCCAGGAAGUCAGAGAGAUACUGGUAACAGCCACUAGACAAUGGUCUUGCAAUUUGACUUGUCUCUUCUGGGUUCCUUAACCCCGCCUCAGUGGUGAGCUAGUACUCAGAACCCCAGGCAGUUAUGUGGGUCCCUUGCUGAAGCAAAAGCUGUCUUCCUUCCCAUUGGUUGCACAACCUUCCAUCUUGGAAGGUCUGUCCCUGCCUCUGUUGCCGAUAUCUGAACUGGGCCCAAUAGUGAUCAUUUAGGAGGGGAUGUUCUCAUGCCUGGCUUGCCAGGUCCUGGGCCUUCACUACCCUCCUGCCCCCGCCAAAAAUCAGUAUCUUCUAGGACAUCCUUCGACUCUGCUCGGGGCAGAAAGAUGCCCACCACUGUGGGCAGCAACUCUACUGCGAGGAAGACUGGAGGCUUCAUGAGAAGGACUUAAGUCUCCUUCCCAGGGAGGCCCUGAUAAAAUUUGAAAUGCUUGCAACCAGCCUGGAGUGGAAAGCUCAGUUUGGAUCUUCUCUCCCCACCCCAUUCAGCUGUGUCAGCCCACAGCUGCUGCUGAGGCAGAGUUUAUAGGAAAUUGUUUCCAGGCCACCAGAGACCUGUUUGUACAACUUGAAAGGUUGUAUUUAUUUAAUGUACCUCAAGGUGUUUUAAUAAUGAUCAGUGUUUUAAUAAAAAGUAUUUCUGGUC